UCCUCGGCGCUUCACUCUCGUCACCUGUCGAGGUCCGUCAGCGGGGGCGAGCCCGGCCCGUGCGCAGAGACCUCCGACAGCAGGAGCACCCCCAAAGUCAUAACCGGGCUUCUCGGUUCUUCCCCCUGAUAACACGGCUCGGUUAUGGCCGUCAACAUGUUUGGACCGUGUAAUCUGUUUAUAAUAUCACUCGUUAUUUGCGGCAGCUUGGGCCGGAACGAGGAGGAGCGGCUCAUCAACCACCUGCUGAAGGAGAAGAAGUACAACAAGGAGCUGCGGCCCGUGGAGAACCAGCGGGACCCCGUGGAAGUGUACUUCGCCCUGACGCUCUCCAACCUCAUCUCUCUGAAAGAAGUGGAUGAGACGCUGUUGACCAACGUUUGGCUUGAACAUACAUGGACAGACUACAGGCUUUCGUGGAACACCUCAGAGUUUGAUGACAUCCAAGUCAUCCGUCUGCCGUCCAAGAUGGUGUGGCUGCCAGAGAUUGUUCUGGAAAACAAUAACGACGCCCAGUUCGAGGUGGCCUACUACUGCAACGUGCUGGUGGACCCGUCGGGUUCCGUCUACUGGCUCCCGCCCGCCAUCUUCCGCUCGUCCUGUUCCAUCAACGUCAACUUCUUCCCCUUUGACUGGCAGAACUGCACCCUCAAGUUCAGCUCGCUGACCUACAACGCGAAGGAGAUCACCAUGCUGCUGAAAGAGGACUACAUCGAGGAGCAGAAGCACACCGUGGAGUGGAUCGUGAUCGACCCUGCCAGCUGGACAGAGAACGGCGAGUGGGAGGUGAUCCACCGGCCGGCUAGGAAGAACGUGUACAAGCACAUCCCCAUGGAGAGCAACAAGCACCAGGACAUCACCUUCUACCUCAUCAUCAAGCGCAAGCCCCUCUUCUACAUCAUCAACAUCAUCAUCCCCUGUGUGCUCAUCUCCUUCCUGGCCUGCCUGGUGUACUACCUGCCCGCCGACAGUGGGGAGAAGAUGACCCUGUCCAUCUCCGUGCUGCUGGCCCAGUCUGUGUUCCUGCUGCUGAUUUCUCAACGCCUGCCGGAGACCUCCAUGUCCAUACCGCUCAUCGUCAAGUACCUGAUGUUCAUCAUGGUGCUGGUGACGGUGGUGGUGCUCAACUGUGUGGUGGUGCUGAACCUUCACUUCAGAACCCCGAGUACACACGUCAUGACGGAGUGGACCAAAGAGUUCUUCCUGCAGCGGCUGCCUCGCUUCCUCCGCAUGUCGCUCCCCGCUGAGCCGGAGGUGAACUGGGACGGGGCGUCGCCGCGGCGAUCCAGCUCGGCGGGUUACAUCGCCAUGGCGGAGGAGUACUACUGCGUGAAGUCACGCAGCGAGCUCAUGUUCGAGAAGCAGUCCACCCGACACGGGCUGACCAUGAGGGCCACGCCCAGCGCAGUGAAGCCUCCCGUGGAUGGGGAGGCGACGGACCAGCUCUACGGGGAGAUGAAGCCUGCGGUGGACGGAGCCAACUACAUCAUCAAACACAUGCACAACAAGAACAACUACAAUGAGGAGAAGGACAACUGGAGUGGCAUUGCGCGCACGGUGGACCGCCUGUGUCUGUUCCUGGUGACCCCUGUGAUGACCCUGGGCACCAUAGUCAUCUUCCUCAUGGGCUACCUCAACCACCCGCCCCACCUGCCCUUCGACGGGGAUCACCAUGACUACCGCGAGGAGAGCGCCCGUCUGGUGUGAGGGAGGGGCUCGGCGUCUCACACACACACACACACACGGACUCAGCACUGCAGUCCUUUCAGUAAACUGCCAAGCGAGGCCUUGCAGUGCCGUUCGUGUGCCACUAGUCCAAACUGUUUUGUACGUGAAGUUUUCUAGUCGUUUUGAUUGCGUUUGCAUGAAGGCGUUUUUAGUAAGAAGUCUGUAUCUGAGUCUCCCCCUCAACACACCGUGUAUAAGGCAGGGUAGCUCGUCGUUUCUCCAGGCAAGGAACACUCUAAGGUCAUUCUAUGGACUUUGUUUUUUGAAUAAGUCUUCUGUCAAGACAUCGAUUAUUUUUGUGUUUUCAAAACGCAGUAGAGCAGAGCUAGAAUUGGCCUUGGGAAGCCAGCCUAAUCUCUUGAGGUUGCCUCCGGUUGGCUUCCAGAUAUGAGUCUAGGACCAGUCCCACACGGGUAGCUUGGCUCAGGUCUCUGAGUAGGCCAAUCAGCGAACAACAGCAAUUAACGUAGUUCCUGACGAAAUCGGGCAGUGCAGUUUCACACAUUUCUACAAAGGUUUAAUUCAUGUAAUAGUCGUUAUGCUGCUUUAGAAUUUGUUUUAUUUACACUUAAGUUGUUUUUACUUUAAUGAAAUGUAACAUUUGCUAAUGCUGUCGACUUUGGUCACACAGCCAAUGGGAUCCGACCGCCUGAAGCUCGGCCAAUCGGUUGCAAAGAAAGGUUGACUGACCACGCCCCCACCAAACACCCUUUCAGACCUUAUGAGCGGAGGGAACGGGCUGGGUGUGCGUAAUAAUAAUGAUGUGCUAACAUGGCAUCUCCUCAGUUCCAAUGUGAACCGUCGCUCAUGCACCAGACUACUCUAAUCGGCCACCGAUGCCUGGAAAUAUGUACUUUGCUUGUCCACGCAACAUUAUUUAGCUUUGCAGCAAUUUUGCAUACUUGCGUAAGUUACUGGCGAGUGUACUGUUAGUAACGACCAGGCACAUUGCUAUACAAUUUAAGAAAUUAAAUGUUGUUUUAUAUAUUUACCAAUGGUGUAUAGUGUUUUAAUGUCAUACAUUGUGAUUUCGGCUUCUUGAUUAAAGGUAUAAAAUGUG